AUGGUAUUAUCUGGUCGCUACGAAGGUGAGACAGGCUUAGUGAUUCGUUUUGAGCCUAGUUUGGCCAUUGUGCUCUCCGACCAGGGUAUGUCUGAACUCAAAGUUGCCCCGAAAGAUCUCCGCCUCUGGCAGGACACAGCCACAUCUUGUUCUGAGGCUGUUGGGCAUGUACAGCUUAUGGACCUGGUGCAGGUUGAUCCUCAGACUGUUGGUGUAGUGACGCGUGUCAAUAAGGAUCAAAUAAUGGUGCUCACAGCGUUUGGAAAGCUUAUGAGUAUUAAGGCGAAUACGGCACUUCGCCGUCUCAAUAUGGGUCGCCGUGCGCCACCUCAAGCAAUGGAUCGUAAUGGUAACUUAAUCACACUCAAACAGACUGUUAGAUUGUUGGAGAAACCGCACUCUGGGCUUACGGGAGAGGUGAAGCAUCUCUACCGAUCCUGGGCCUUCGUCUAUUGUCCUAAUCAGCUAGAAAACUCAGGAAUGGUCGCCGUAAAGACACGUCAGCUAGCCGUUCUAGGUGUUUCGGCCCAAAACUCUCUUCCCUCGGAUACUGGUGGCUUUGCUGUUCCUGGCCCACAGACUAUCACGCAACUUGGUCCGCUUGUGGGUUCUCGAUUCUCUGGAGGUGGUGGCGGCUUUGGUCGAGGCGGUCGCGGCGGGGCGCGUCGUGAAAAGUCGAUUAUUGGUCGAAGCGCUCGUAUUAUCGCUGUAUGUAUUUCUAUUAUCUUUUAA